GCGCUGCUGCGACAAUGCCAAAAUUCAGGCCGUGUUUCGGUUCGCGGUGCCAGCUGAUGGACUGCGCGCCUAUCAUCCAUCCCAUCCAUCCCCCAGCUUGACCAACGCAGGAACAGCCAGGCCGGAGUAGGCCCACCACCCCUGCUUCUCUACCACCACCACUCCCCCUCUCCGCCAUACAACCACCCCCCCAAGCCAGCAACCGCCCGCCCUGCCUGUCCUCUCUCUAACAUCUAAUAUCCUUCCCUGCGCCCCCCUCUAUUCCACAACCGCUGCCUCUGCCCCCCGCACGCCGCCCACCAUGCAGCGCAGACACAGCGCCCGAGGAGAAUGGAUCCCCACCGAAGGCCAAUGGCCCGUCGAUCCCCAGCACGACAUGCCAGUCUCUGACGACCGCAUCUGGGUCGACGGCUGCUUCGACUUUGCCCACCACGGUCAUGCCGGCGCAAUGCUGCAGGCCCGCCAACUGGGCACCGAGCUCUAUGUCGGCGUCCACUCGGACGAAGCUAUCCUCGAGAACAAGGGCCCUACCGUAAUGCGCCUCGACGAGCGUGUCACCGCCGUUGAGGCCUGCCGAUGGGCAACCAAGGCCGUUCCCCGAGCCCCCUACGUUACGUCGCUGCCCUGGAUUACCCACUACGGCUGCCAGUAUGUUGUCCACGGCGAUGACAUCACUUCGGACAGCGAUGGCCGCGACUGCUACCGCUAUGUCAAGCAGGCCGGCCGCUUCAAGGUCGUCAAGCGCACCCCAGGCAUCUCGACAACCGACCUCGUUGGCCGCAUGCUGCUGUGCACCCGCUCCCACUUUAUCCCCUCGCUCGACAAGCGCUUGUCUGGUGAAGAGGGUCCUGGCGACGAAGCAGAACGCACAAAGGCCGGCCAGGAAAUGCUGCAGCGCAUCAAGGACUAUGCGACCGACGCCUCGGGCCGUGCCCCUGGCUGUGAUGUCUGGUACUGGCAUGCUUCUCGACCCGUCAAGCUACGGAGAACCACGACCAGCGCCGUUACAAGCCCCACCCGCCCCGAUCACCCCCGCCAGGAAUCUACGGCCUCGCAAGUAGGCCCCGUCAGGGAGGAAAAGGGCAAGUUCAACCAGAUCGUUCAGGGCAAGGGGCUCAAGGAGGGCCAGUCGGUCGUCUAUGUCGAUGGCGGCUGGGAUCUGUUUUCCUCUGGCCACAUUGAAUUCCUGCGCUCCGUCACGCAAUGCGAAGAAGACCGCGCCAGGGAAAACGGAUGGUUCACGGAAGAAGCCAAACUGGAGCGCAUACAGAAAACUGGCGAAGACUACGGCCCGGUCUUUUUGAUUGCCGGAAUCCACGACGACGAGGUCAUCAACCACUGGAAAGGCAUCAAUUACCCGAUCAUGAACAUUUUUGAACGUGGUCUAUGCGUUUUGCAGUGCAAGUACGUCCAUGCUACCAUUUUCGGCGCUCCUUUCUCCCUUAGCAAGGCCUUCCUCCACGCCCUCCCGUAUUCGUCUCCCCUAACCAUCUACCAUGGCAAAACUACCUUUAUGCCACUCCAGUUCGACCCCUACGCUGUGCCCAAGGCGAUGAACAUUUACUGCGAGAUUGGCGACCACGGCUUCCAAAACGUCAAUGCCGCCGAGAUUGUCGCCAGGAUCAUGAAGGGCAGGGCUCUGUAUGAAGAGAGACAGCGCAAAAAGGGCGAAAAAGGCAUCACCGAGGAUGCAGAAAAGCUUCGACAGGAGAUGGAGCGCGAGCAGAGGAGGAGGGAGGUUGAGGGCCAGUUUGGCCUAUGAUAUUGUGGUCGGCCUUACUUAGUCGUGGCGCUGCACGAGUGUGGGUAGUGCGUUGGGCUUCUUUGGCUUGGCCAUGAACCAGACCCGGCGUUUCUGCCUUGAUUGUCAAUAGACGCCAAGUCUAGACUGAACCUCGAAUUGAUCCUUGUCGCAAGGAACAGCCUCAGUUUCUCUCCACGAUGAGAUCCAGAUCGCUCGCAUCAACCUUGAUUGGACCCUCUCGCUUGUAUUCAAAAGCAACACUAGGGUCUUAGUGACAUCACCACCAUGGCCACCAUGGCCAGCCGCUGACGGCGCCUCCUCAGGCACACGAAUGUUACACCGCGUCGGGCAUUACCGGUAUAGGGCAAAGUGCCAUGUGAUUGCCCCAACACUCCACAUUACCCUUUCUCCCAACCCCGCCAGUCUCCGCACUUGGGGGCAGGGGGGGGCCCUUUC